AUGGCUACCGGAAUCUUCAACUCUACCUACUAUGGCAAGGACUACCGCGCCGGUGCCGCCCUCCUGCGUGCCCGUCGCCCAUACUUGUUCAAGAAUACUAUCACAGGCUUUGGGCUAUUCGCGUUUACAGUUGCAGUCUACACCUACACUCUGAAGGCUGUCGGCCAAGAAGAAUUCGCCGACGUCAAGAUCCCCGAUGCCCCCGCGGACAAGAAAUAA